AUGGAAUCGGAAGAAGCUGGUUCGUCUGGAGCUUCGACGACGCAACCACGUGGUCCUGAUGUCAAUCAGCCGCCUUCAGUUCUGGUACUAGGGAUGGCUGGGUCCGGCAAAACUACUUUUGUGCAGGUGAUUUGAAGAGGAUACCAACUGAAGAUCAAGGAAAUUUUGAGAAAUCUUUAAAAGGUGUUCAAACUUAAAGAUUUUCAGCACUUUGUUGCUUUUAGAGUCGAUUUGAACCUAGAAAAGAGCUCUUAUGAGUUUUAAAGUGCACCAUUGAACCGAAUUCCAUCAAGAACUAUCAUUUAAUUUUCAAAUUGAUCAUUUUUCAGCGACUAACCGCUUACCUACACGCCCGUAACACCCCACCUUAUGUGAUUAAUUUGGAUCCAGCUGUCGCCCAAGUUCCAUAUCCAGUUAAUAUUGACAUUCGCGACACCGUCAAGUACAAGGAGGUAUCCAUUGUGAAAAAUUCCGAAAAAAAUUAGGCGAAAUCAGUUUGAAGUUUUUGAAACGGAAGAAGGCUUUUUUAAAUUUUUUAAUGAGAACAUUGAAUUAUAUAACCUUUUAUUUAUCUGAAAAGGUUUUUUUUUAUCCUCAUGACUUAGCGCAUCUAAUAUUGUUUUGAGACUCUUUCGAAAGUAUUAAUUUUCAUUUUUAGUACACACAGGUUUUGGGUUGGCGGUCCAUACUUAUAGGCUUACAUUUUUUUCUGAUCUUUUCAUGCUCUGAAAAUUAAGCAGAGCAUCAUAUUUCUAUCAUAGGUUAUGAAAGAGUACGGCUUGGGGCCAAACGGCGCCAUCAUCACCUGCCUGAACUUGAUGUGUACUCGAUUCGACCAGGUAAACUUUUAGAAUUUGAAAAAGAGUAUUUUAAUAUAUUUUUAGGUCAUUUCGAUGAUUAAGAAGCGUUCCGACCAGUUUCCAGUUUGUUUAAUAGACACCCCUGGACAAAUUGAGGCUUUCACCUGGAGCGCCAGUGGAUCGAUUAUCACGGAUUCCUUGGCCAGCAGCCAUCCGACGGUUCGGUCUCAAUAUUAAAAAAUGACAGUUAAAAGAGGAAAAGCUGAAAAAAUAACAAGUAAACUCUGAAAAAGCAGAGGCACGGGCAAAGUCCAAAACGAAUUCAUAAAGAAGAGCCUGAAGCUCCUUUUUGAGCUCUUGAAAAGGCAUCAACAAUUUCUAAAAUUCUCCUUUUUUUUUCUCACUUUUUUCCGCUUUUCAACCUUCUCAAAAGGUCUAGAAAUGAAGGCGCCUUGGAAGCCUUUUAGAGGCUUUUUUUCUUUAGAAGCUUUUUUUAAGAACCUUUGAACUUUGCCCUUGGAAAAGAACAAAAUUAGCGUCUUUCCAAAUACAUUUUUUUUAUUGAAAAAUGAAAUUAAUCCCAAGCGAGGCUCUCUACAUUUUUUCUCCCGUGUAUCUGGGUUCUCCUCAAGUUUAUUCAUUUUGAAGUGAAAUUCAAACGCACAAAAUUUUUUCUAAAGCAUAACUUCUUCAACUGAAUCGAAUUGACCUUGUCCAAUUCAAAUUGAGGAAUUUUUUCUAGCCAAGAAAAUGGAUGGUUCAAAAUGUGUCAUGUCACUUAUAUAAGAUUGAACUUCAAAUUUUGUGAGAAAAUUUUUUUUUGUUAAACCUGGAAAAUUUUUCGAUUCCUAGGUCGUAAUUUACGUCGUCGACUCAGCUAGGGCCACAAAUCCCACGACUUUCAUGUCGAAUAUGCUCUACGCCUGUUCAAUUCUCUACAGGACCAAGCUCCCAUUUAUCGUUGUUUUUUUAAUAAGGUACCUCGAAAUUUGAAAAAAAUAAUUUUUCAUCAAAAUUCCAGGCUGACAUUGUGCGGCCAACGUUUGCGUUAAGAUGGAUGACAGAUUUUGAGAGGUUUUUUCGAUUUAAAAAAAUUUAUAGUUAAAAUAAUAUUUUUUUUCAGGUUCGAUGAAGCUUUGGAAGAUUCACGAAGCUCUUAUAUGAACGAUUUGAGUCGCUCUUUGUCCCUUGUACUCGAUGAAUUUUAUUGUGGCUUGAAAACUGGUAGGUCGGGAAAAUUGAACGUUUUUUCUAGUCAAAAAUGAUAGUUUUUGCUUUUUUCGGUAAAAAGAAGGGGUUUUCUUGGUUAUUUUUAAGAAAAAAACAACAUUAUAACACGAAACAGACUUGCUCCGGACGCCCCUGGGCCACUUUAGUAGAUUCAGUACUCUUGAGUGAUCCCUAGAAAUACCCUGAAACGACCGGAGCACGUUCGUUCCGCGUUAAAAAUGUCCGAGUAGUUACCGGGAAGGUUUUUCGAUAAUUAUUUGAAAGACGAAAUGAGAACAUUUUCGGUAAUAAGAAAAUUCGGUUUAGUUUGUGUUUCCUCACUAACUGGAGAAGGCUUCGAUGACGUCAUGAAGGCGGUCGAAGAAUCUGUGGAAAUCUACAAAAAAGAAUACGUUCCGAUGUAUGAGAAGGUCUUAGAAGGAAAACUGAAAAUUGAUGAGGAGGAGAAGAAACGACGUCGUGGAACCGUAAGUUUGGAGGGAUAUUGAAAAAUUAAGCAUUAAUGUCGUCUGAAGAAACUGAAGAAUAAAAAGAAAAUCAAAACUGGAAAAAUCUAUGGUGGAAAUUUUCGAACGUUUUUGCUCUGUUUUACUAGAAGUUCAAACAUUCUACUUUUCAUUCAAACUUUUUUCUUUACUUUUUACAUGAUUUUUCUAUUAAUAUCCACUGUUUUGAUUGUACAUAACUCGGGCAAAAGGGCUCAAAAGCUUUUUUACAUCAUUUUAGGAGCUUUUUUUAGCUCCCUCUUGGGAUCUUCAAAAAAAUUUUCUCAGUUUUACCUAUGAAUCGUUUUUUUAGGCAGAAAAGCCGCUGGUUUCCCUGAGCAAAGACAUCGAAGAGCAUUUGGCGCCGAACAUUGAACAGAUCCAUUUGGGCGGCGUCGAUGAGGAAAACGCUGAAGACGCCGAAAACCUUCAGAGAUGA